CGCAUAAGUUAGGCGAUCUCGAUCUGCGCGGCUUAUUAGGUGCGUUGGGGGGCCGGAUUGUAACAAAGCAAGAGCUGUGAUACAUAUCUCUUAACCAUGUUAUUCUCCUUGCUUAAGGCGAAGGUAGAUUCUAAAGUCGUUUUAUUCCUAGGAGUUUAGUAUCGUGGUAUUUAAGAUAUUCCCUCGGAAACCGACGGAAUGGUAGAACUUACAUUGUUCGUACGUAAUAAGUACCUAAACUUUGCGCAAUUACUACACACGGCCUGCAACCGAGAUAUAUGCUAUAUUCGGGUCCCGGGUUCACUUCUUAUGCCUAAAGCGAAUCCAGCUCGUCGAAACAAUAUGAAUGGCGUUUUGAAAAGGAGUUGUAGAGAAGACUUGUAAAAGUCUGCAUUAACUAGUGGGCACUUUAUCUGGCGCUUAUCAAUAACUAUUGCCGAUAGAAUAAUCCCCGUGGAAUGCCGAGGAGAACACCACCUCGCAGGUAGUAUCGAAUGAUAAUGGCCUAAGGCGGCCAUGCUAAGAUGUAGCUGUAACAAAAUAAGCGUAGUCUAGAUUCGUGAAUUAGUAUCAUCUCCAAAAGAAAUGCAACUUACUUAGUACGUAGUCCCUCAAACCCGCUUUCCUUGGAAAUUGAGGUCCCUUAAAUAUCUCAAAGGUUCUGUAACAGGUUUGCUUGAGCACUCCCGCUCAGCUCGACGACUAGUCUAUGCAGGCGUGCUCUUGUGUCAAUAUGGAUGUUACCAACGACUUUAACCCAUAUAGGGCAGAUGGCAAGCUCCACGGCUUUGUUUGUGUCGUAACAGGCGCCUCGCAGCCUAUAGGUGCGGCCAUCAUUCUAGAACUAGCAGUCCACGGAGCGGCCUGCAUAUAUGCGUGCGACAAGACUGCCAGCUCAGAUUUAUACAAAGAACUCGUCUAUAGAGUGGGAAAGGAAUCGCCGAGCUGCAAAAUCAUUCCAUAUCCUUUCCACGUCGCUAAAGAAGACGAGACGCUUAUCUUGAUAGACGAGGUUCUCAACGCGUUUGGCAGGUUAGACGUCUGGGUCUGUUCUUCCGGACUCCUGGGACCCCCUUCGAUUGAAGCUACGACGCCAGACGACCUACAGAAAUGCUUCGAGGCUCAUUCCUUAGCGCCUUUCUUCGCAUUGAAAUAUGCUCCUGCUGCGAUGGCCAAGUUUACGGAGAAAAGGGCUUAUCCCAAUGCUGCGCCGAAAAGUCAGAAAUACGGUAGCAUCAUUGUCAUUAGCAGCGUCGCGUCAGUUUACGGAGGAUGUUGGGGACCGUGCUAUACUAUGACAUCCCACGCAGCUCUCGGUGUAGUGAAGGCAGGCGUGGCGAGUCUUAAAGGCACUGGAGUGAGAAUCAACUGCAUAUCCCCAGGACAAAUCGAUAUUGGCGUGGAUCUUCAAGGGUUCGAUAUGCAAGGAAUGACAUCCCAAUUCCCGCCGGCUAGUCUUCAAAAACCAGAGGUGCAAAAAAUGACAAAUGGGUUAGAGAGAGCUGGUAAACCUCAAGAGGUAGCGCGCGUUGCUGGCUUUCUAGCCAGUAGCUUCUCAUCCUAUGUCACGGGCGCAAAUCUGAUUGUAGAUGGCGGUGCAUCUGUAAUGAAUCCAUUGACGAUUCCGAUAUGAAGGACGACAGCAGGAAUGAGGCCUGUGAUGUGUCUCAUGAUUAGGUACUUUGAAGAUAACAUUGAAUAAGGAACAGUGCUAUCAAAAUCAAGGAGUAUUAUGAAUUAUUAAUGGAAUGUGUGAAAUGUGUGAAAUGGGAAGAGAUUAUGUUGAAAUGAAUGUUAAUGGUUUAGCAAGGAAUGAAAUAGUAAUUAAACCCAUUUGCCGUUUGCAGUUCUUAUCGCAGUACGGUCUACUAAAAUUUAUAUUCUAAUAGGCAGGUACUUACGGCAGAUAAGAUAGGCUAGGUACUACUCGCAAGCCC